CUGCUGCUGGCAGAUCCACCAUGUGGGAACUAACAGUCCUGCUGCUCCUGGUUCCAAGCAGUGGGCAAGCUGCUACUGUAGAGAAGCCCGUAUUGUCUCUACACCCACCCUGGACCACAAUCUUCAAGGGGGAAAAGGUAACCUUGCGGUGUGAUGGGUACCACCCGCUGCUCCUGGAGCUUCGACCCAUUAGCACUCUCUGGUAUUUGGGCCACCUACUCCUGCCUUCUUAUAAGAAGAGCAUCGAGGUGCACACGCCAGGGGUGUAUAGAUGCCAGACACGCGGCGCACCUGUCAGUGACCCCAUCCACCUCUCGGUAUCUAAUGACUGGCUGAUCCUGCAAGUGCCCUAUGCUGCCGUGUUCGAGGGCGAGCCGCUGGUCUUGCGCUGUCGCGGUUGGUACGACAAGAUCGUCUACAAACUUCAUUACUACCACGACGGCCAACCCGUGCGCUACUUCCACUCCAGCGCCAACUACACGGUGCCCCAGGCUCGCGCCAGCGACAGCGGGCGCUACCAGUGCUCCGGUACCAUGCGCGUUCCCGUGGAAAGCGCGCCCAUGUUCUCCGCCAAGGUGGCCGUGACCGUGCAAGAGCUGUUCCAGGCGCCCGUGCUGAGGGUGAUGGGCCGGGUGGAGGCUCGCGGCGCGGCCUUCGGAGGAGUGGUCUUGCGCUGCGAGACGCGCCUGCACCCGCAGAAGCGCGACACGCCGCUGCAGUUCGCCUUCUACAAGUACAGUCGCCCUGUGCGCCGCUACGACUGGGAUGCGGAGUACACGGUCCCCGAGCCAGACGUCGAGGAGCUGGAAUCGUACUGGUGCGAGGCGGCUACAACCACCCGCAGCGUCCGGAAACGCAGCCCUUGGCUGCAACUCCCGGGCCGCGGUUCUCCGCUGGACUUGGCGUCCACCACCGCCCCGGUCCCCGGUAACCAGCCGCUUUCCUUCAGAAAGCCCCCGGUGUCCAGAUCGGUCCCGUCGGUCCCCUCCGUCCCGAAUGUCACCUCAGCGGGGCCGCCGUUCCCCGCGGGCGGAGCCCCCACCGCUUGGCCCCGGGCCUGUGCGCCACCGACACCCUUGCAACAAACCGCUGGCGCCCUAAAACCCGACGUGGCCCUUCUGCUCCGAGAAAUGCAGCUGCUCCAAGGCCUUCUCAGCCGGGUGGUCCUGGAAUUAAAGGAGACACAGGCCGUCCCAGGGCACACAGUUGAGACCCCCACUUCCCACUCGGCUGUGAGUCAGGGAACCCCUGAGACCACUACUGUGGAGAGCUGAGGGAGGGGGUGGCUACAGUCCCCUCCAGGCACAUCCGCCUCCGGUCUCCCCUCCUCGCGUCACGUGGAGACCUUACUAAGCCGUGUCGGUUUCUUCCCUCUGUCUUGCUGUGGUUUAUAAAGUGUGGUAGCUGACAUGUCAA